AUGCUCAUGGAGAACAAGAAGAGAAUCAUCCCUAUAUUUUGUGAUGUCAAGCCAUCGGAACUCUACGUCAAGGAUGACGGGACACGUCCGGCUACUGAGAUCCGAAAGUUUCAAUUGGCCAUCGAAGAAGCAAGAUAUACCGUAGGACUCACGUUUGAUACAUCUAAUGGAGACUGGUCAGAGUUCUUGGCCAUGGCAUCGGAUGCAGUCACGAAGAACAUGUUAGACGUCGAAGAGGAGAGACUAAAGAGCAUCAACCCCACGUACAAGCACAUGUGA